GAGAAUGCAAUCCAUGAUUCACCAAAAAAUGCACAAGAUGAAACAAAAUCAUUUCCCUGUUUAUAUUGCUCAAGAAAAUUCCACAGUUCACAAGCUUUAGGAGGCCAUCAAAAUGCUCACAAGAAAGAGAGAAAUGCAGCAAGAAAGAACAAAAGGGCUUCUGAAUACAAGUUUCCUUCACUCUCAGUACCAUCACCAUUCUUACUUUCUCCCAGUUAUCCCAUUGGAAUUUUGAGCCCUUCAGCCUAUAUUACUGCUCAUGCUGCCGCCCUUUGCCAGUUCCAGAACCACCAGUUUAGAUCAAAUGGCGCUGCCCCACGAUUUGAAAAUGCCGUAAUAAAUCGUAAUAACUAUUUGAAUAAUGUGUAUCAAUGUGAAGCAGAUGAUCAGAGCUUCAAGAACUGGCAAAGGAGUGUAAGAUGCCAUGUAUUUAAUGAAGAAUUAUCAAAACAGACUUAUAAUCACAGCAUUAGGGGAGAUGAGGAGAGGACAAAAGAUCAGAAGAAUCUUGAUUUGUCUCUUCAUUUAUAGACAAGCAAGGAUUUUUGGUUUGAUUCCAUUGCACUUAACUAUGGCAGAACUCUUUUUGUUCCAACAGCCAUGUGUUUUGCUUCCA